GCCUUCAUUCGGAGGAUGGCAGGUCCGUCCCCAAUACUCCAAUGCAAACCCCCCUUCUAACAAACCCCCAGGGCCUCCCAGGCACCAACCUCUCCCGCCUCAUCGCCCGCACUCCCAACCUCGACUGGGUCUGCGUAGACUGCGAGCACGGCCAAAUGUCCGACGACAGCAUGCACGAAGCCGUAGCCGCCAUCGCAGCCUGCGGCGUCAGCCCCAUCGUGCGCGUGCAAGAAGGCCAGCAUUGGAUGAUUAAACGCGCGCUCGACGCAGGCGCCCACGGCAUCAUCGUCCCGCUCCUGCAGACGGCCGAGGAGGCGCGGAAUAUCGUCAAAUUCUCGCGUUUCCCGCCGCAGGGGAAUCGCGGGCUCGGUAGCGCGUUGUCGAUGGAGAAGUGGAUUUCCGGCAAGACGGGGGAGGUGAAGGAGGUGCCGUGGGCGGAUUACUACGAGCACUCCAACAGCUCCAUUGUCAUUAUCGUGCAAAUCGAGACCAAGUCUGCACUGGAGCAAGUCAAAGAGAUUGCCGGCGUGGACGGGAUUGACGUGCUGUUCAUCGGUCCUAACGAUCUUGGCAACUCCAUUGGUCAUCCUAUGGUUCUGAAUGGAGGCAAGACUGCCCCCGAACUCGACCAGGCGAUUGCGACGAUCCACAAGGCCGCGCAGGACGCAGGCAAGUACAGCGGCAUGUACACCGGGACGGGCGAGCAGGCGAAGAAGUAUGCCGACGAGGGCUUCAACAUGAUCAACACCGCCAACGACAUUGCCAUUGUGAAGCAGUACUUUGCGCAGCACAUUAGCAUUGCUCAUGGGAAGUAAGGGGGGUGAAAUGUACACUUUUGCAGGCAGCUAUGUAGAUCAUUAUUAGAGA